GGAUGGCGUCUACUGAUCUGAGAGAAGAGUUAAACUGCUCCGUCUGUCUGAAUAUUUACACGGAUCCGGUAAUGCUGAGCUGCGGACAUAACUUCUGCCGAGCCUGUAUCGGAAGUGUGCUGGAUACACAGGAGGGAGCUGGAGUUUAUACCUGUCCUGACUGCAGAGCAGAGUUUCACGAGCGUCCUGCUCUGCAGAGGAAUAUGAAGCUGCGUAACAUUGCAGAGCAGUUUUCUAUUCAGUCGGAGGAGUCUGCAAUCUGUUGCAUUUAUUGCGUUCAUGCUCCUGUACCUGCUGUUAAAACCUGUCUGCAGUGUGAAACGUCCCUGUGUGAGAUCCACCUGGUGGCUCAUGACAAGUUUUUAGAACAUGUCUUAACUGAACCAACUGCUUUCACUGAGAACAAGAAAUGCUCUGUGCACAAUGAGGCCCUGAAGUAUUAUUGCUGUACAGAUGCUGUCUGUGUCUGUGUGUCCUGCUGCCUGGCCGGGGAGCACAAGAAACAUGAUGUAGAGCUUCUGAGUGAGGCAUCUGAGAAGAAGAAAGAGGACCUGAGAAAUAUUGUGAAGAAACUGAAGUCACGGAAACGAAAGAGUGAGAAAAUAGACCACACCUUGCCCGUUCUCCAGGGAGAGGUAAAAGAUAAAGUUGCCGGGAUAACAGGGCAAGUUGUUACCUUGCUUAAAGACCUCAGAGAACGUCUGGAAGCUCUGGAGAAGAGAGUUCUCAGUGAGAUCUCCAGGCAGGAAGAGAAGAUUUUACUCCAAAUCUCUGCUCUGACCAAGCAGCAGGAAAUGGAAAGGGAGGAACUGACUGGCAAGAUAAUUAAUAUUGAGAAACUGUGUAACACAACAGAUCCCAUUACUGUAUUACAAGGAUGGAAGAUACACAGAGCUGACAAUGAUACCAAGGAUGAGGAGCAGAAGGAGGGGGAGAAGGAGGAGGAGAACAAUGAUGAUGAUGAAGAAGAAGUCCCUGCACUUGGCUCUAUAGAUGAAGAUCUUAUCUUUGUGACCUUAUUCUCUGGAUUAGCUGAUAUCACGGCUGAAAUAAAGAAAAGAUCACAUAUUGAAGAUUUAUUACUGGAUAUUAAAACUGCAUCUAAUGCUACAGCCAUAUCAAGUGAUUUAAAAACUGCAUAUUUGUCGGAAUUAGCUCAGAGUUACCCUGAAACACCAGAGAGAUUUGUAGAAUAUAAUCAAGUAUUAGGCAUUGGGAGUAUUUCCACAGGGCGCCAUUAUUGGGAAGUGGAGGUCAGUGAAUCAGGCAACUGGGAUAUUGGUGUGGCGUAUCCCAGCAUAGCAAGAAAAGGAUCAGAGUCUGGCGUUGGAUUAAAUAAAAAAUCCUGGACUUUGAGCAAAGAAGAUGAAUUCUUUUAUUGUGUACAUGACUCUAAACUUUUCCAAUUUUGUAUUGAGUCUUCCCUGCGGAAGGUAGGGGUAUAUGUGGACUACGAGGCUGGUCGAAUGUGCUUUUACCAGCUGGGUGAUGUGAUCAUUCACAUACACACCUUCACUGCCACCUUCACCGAGCCUAUUCAUGCCGUCUUUUAUUUAUUUGAUGGAGCCUGGAUUAGAAUCCGGAGCAAAUAG